CUGAGAGCGAGCUGUCAAUUCCUGAGACGCGAGACUGAAGGACAGACAUCAACACACGCUCCUGAUAUUACAGUCCGUGCACGACGCGCUCUUCUACAAUGGUGUUGGACCCUCGAGGAGAGGUCGAUGUUGGUGAAGGAGAACUAGAAGACUGUGAAAAGAAAAAGCAGGAGAUGAAUUCACCAAAUCAGACCAGCAGGGAGAUGGAGAACAUGGUGUCCACCAAUAGCAGUGAGGAAGGUUCCAGAACGGACCAGUCUGAGAGUGAAGAGAAAACCUUUGUGACCAAUCUGUACUGUUUCAUGAAGGAAAGAAGCACGCCUAUAGAGAGAAUUCCCCAUCUUGGCUUUAAACAGAUCAACUUGUGGAAAAUCUACAAAGCUGUGGAGACACUUGGAGGAUAUGAUGCGGUAACAGCGCGGAGGCUAUGGAAAAAUGUGUAUGAUGAGCUGGGUGGUAGUCCAGGCAGUACCAGUGCAGCCACCUGCACACGCAGACACUACGAAAGGUUGGUGUUGCCCUUUGAGCGGCAGCUGAGAGGGGAGGAGGACAAACCGCUACCACCCUCCAAACCUCGAAAGCAGUACAAGAGGAGCCCUGAGAACAGGGGAAGUAAGCCAGAGAGCAAGAAAAAGAGGAAGAUGGAGAGAGAAGAGUGCGAGGAGAAAAUGGGAUCAGAUCAUCACUGUGAGAGAGGCAUGUGCUCCCAUCACAGUCCAUGGUUGGCAUCCUCCGAUCGCCUGGACUCUGAUCAGUCAUCCGCAGUUUCUGUCCACGGUCCCCACCCUGGCACCUGUUCUAGAGAGAUCUCUCUCCUUCAUACUCCUACCCCAACUGAGGUGAUCUCUCCCUUGGAGAAGAAGAAGCGUCUGGCCCAGGCUAGCCUGACCAUCCCUGUCUCUGGCGCCUUGGAGGACGGUGCAGAACUGGAGAGACCCUCUGUUAUUCAGCUAUCCCACUCUUCCCAGUCUCCUGUGUGUCCUUCUUCUACUCGCACUCGCCACUCUUCUGAUGGCUCACCCCUCCCCUUCUCCUCUUCGUCUGGCUCCUUGUCCCGUAGCCCCUCUCCUUGUUCUGUCUCCUCUGAGGACUGUAUAGACGUGACGACGUCUCCUUCCAAAGAACCCGAAAGUAAGACACCUUCUCGUUUGUCUACUCUGCCCAUGUCCAAGGCUGCUAGCACCGGAGUUUGCAAGCCUUUCGGAUGUUACCCCAGCAGCAAAGAACUUGCCAACUAUCACCGCUACCAUUACAGGGAUUUCCCGCCAGGUGGCCCACCCCAUUCCGAAAAGACCCAGAGGAGUCUUUCACCAUGGACCUUGGAUGGUAAAUCCACCACCAGAUUUGCGUCCUACAGGCUGCCUUCACCUGCAUACACCAAACCCUGCUGGGUCCCUCAUGCCUCCAGCUUCUACAAGGUCUCACCACGAGACCCCUGCAGGCCUGUGUCACUACAGCCCACUUUUAAACCGCCUAUGUCCUACCCCCAGCACCUCCUAAAGCGGCCCACCACUGAGGAAUCCUACUUGAAGAAGAUACCAGUAGCCUCUCCACAUCGCAUUAUGGAUAGGAAAGAGAAAGCAAAGACAGUGUUGCCUCUGCCUACCCAGCAGUUCCUCUUCCACCCUCAUGCCAGUCUAACAAUGCCCUACAUGCCAACCUUAGAGAGACCUCGGGCAGACUUAACCGAACAGUUGAAGGCUCUACCUCUUCAACCGGUCCUUCUUCCAAGCCAUCUAACAAUACCUCCUGCUCAGACUCACUCUAUGCAUUGCCCGCCAAUGGGCAACCCCUUUACUGGAUCCUACCAGGCUGCUUUGCCCUCCUAUCCUUACCCGUUACCCAUCUGGCAUCCACCUGCUGGGUACAACAUGGCAGGCCUGCAGCCAUACUGAACUAUUCUGAAAUGAGUGGUCCUUACAGUCUAGCCUUCUGUUAUUCUUCAGGUCUAUAGGUCAGCGUGAAACCAAAGUUGAUACCGUUCACUUUCUUAAUAGACUCCUUUAGAACUAACUACAAACUCUUGAUACUGAAGGAUCAAGUCAAUUUUCAUGAUCAAGUUUCAGGAUAAUUUUACAUGAAGUAAAAUGGGUUGCAAAGUGUUUAAUGUUGAUUUGAAAAACUAAUGCUAACUGAAAGACUGUUACAUACAAAGUCCUCUAGCUCAGCUGGUAGAGCACGGCACGUGCAACGACAAGGUUUUGGAAUCAAUUCCCAGUGUAUACACAAUACUGAUAAAAUGUAGCAGUGAAUGCACUGUUGUAAAUCACUUUGGAGAAAAUUGUCUGCCAAAUGCAGUUAAAAUGUAAAUGUUACAUGUUGAUAUGUUCAUCAGUGUACCUAUAUCUGCAAAAGAGAAUAGCCUCCUAGUUCAUGUGGAAUAAGCAUACACAAUUUUUUUUAAUGCCAUUCUUCUAAUGAAUACAAAUUAUUUUGUGGUACAAUUCAGGGUCCAGCGUAAAUAAUCAAGUUUCUUGCAUAUCUUGAUAAAGGGCUAGUCUGGUUCAAAAAGGAAUAUUCACAUAAGGGUACAUCCUAGAAAUUGUUUUUAAACAUUUUUUUUUUCUUUUUUUAACAUUUAUAUUACAGUCUCAAGGCACUUGACAAGAUCAAUGCGUUUGACAGCGCACCAAUAAUGUGAAAAAUGUCUGUAAUGUAUAGUUGUACAUUGCAUACUGACUGAAUGUAAAAAAUAUUUGUUUAAAAU